AUGACCAUAGCUCUCUUCACGGACACGUUUCUUACCAGCUUCAUCGUUCUAAUCCUUCCGUAUAUAAUCGAAAGUCGUGCGAGCUCCUGGCUUUUAGCUGAGAGCGCGGCAGUAAGCGUAAUAGUCCGCAUUCCGUUAGGACAUUUGGCAGACAAAUCCACCUCUACGCGCAACUGGCUACUAUGGGCGCUAGUAAUUGCACUACUGAGUAGUAUAACUAUAGCACUUGGACCAUCUUUAUCUUUCUUAUUCCUAGGUCGAUUGAUACAGGCACUUGCCAGUAGUAUUAUGUGGGUUGCGGGGCUCACAACGGUCACACAGAAUGUCCAAAUUCAACAUAUCGGGAUGGUCUAUGCGAUUGUAUCUAUGGCAAUCGGGGCAGGCACCUCGGCUGGUCCUAUGCUGUCCGGAGUGUUGUUUCAGCUCGCCAGCUACUGGGCUGCUUGGUCUAGUGCAUUUGCAGUCAUUGCUGCCGAUAUUGCCUUUCGUCUAUUAAUGUUGGAGAAUCCCCGUCCGAAUGAAAACUGUGUCCUGAUGUCGUACUAUGCAGAAGCUACCACGGGCGAUUCUUGUCCACAUGGGAGCUCGGAUUCUGAACGGGUGCCGUUUCUUAGAGACAAGGACGAUGACUCUACAACUAUGUCAGACAAACCGGCUCCACCAAGCUUUUACAGGUGUGUCUUCAGUAAACCAAACUUUGUCGGUGGUGUUUACUCCAGCUUUAUAUUUGGCCUCUUGCUUACAGCUUUUAAUGCCACCCUACCCUUGCAUGUUCGCGAGGUCUUCCACUCGGGCGGUAUGCCGUCCGGUCUGCUGUUUGCUGCCCUACAAGCCCCACGCAUCGUGAUGGCUCCAUUGGUCGGAUGGUUAAAGGAUCGUGUGGGAACACGCUUUCCUACAGUUUUUGCUUUCGUAGGCCUCACGCCAUUGAUACUUUUUUUGGGGGUUCCGGGAAAUGAACAAUUCGCCGUGGCGAAUACAAGUCAGCGAGGACAAGUUAUGUAUGUGGUGCUUAUGAUCUUCAUCGGGUUUGAAUUUGCCUUUUUAAAUAACGCCGGCGCAAUCGAAGCCAUGAUGACGGUGACACGAGCUCUAGCAAUGGUUAGUGUCGCCUGGACUAUGGGGACCUGUGUGGGUCCCAUCUCGGCGGGAGCCCUUAAUGAGACGUUUGGUUACUUUGUGUUGAACUGCGUUGUUGCCACCCAAGGCCACUGGGUGGUUUCAGAUUUUCAGGAUAGCCUGGAUUAA